AUGGACUAUAGGAGUAGGAUAUGCACUUUUACUCAAAGAGAGGGGGAAUUAUUUCAUGAAGCAUGGGAUCGUUUCAAUUUGCUUUUGAACCAAUGUCCACACCAUCAAUUUCCUUUGUUAUUGUUGACACAAUUCUUUUAUGAUGGUUUAAAUCCUAAUUGUCAGUCUCUUGUAGAUACUGCUGCAGGUGGAUACACAGGUGAUAAAAAUAGUGAUGAGUUACAAGCUAUCUUUGAGAGUCUAGCUAGUAAUUCUAGACAAAAAGCAGUGAGAGGUCGAAGAGCUGCUGUGCAUGAAAUUAGCACACAGUUUGAGUUGACAACACAAGUGGUUGAAUUGACUAAACAAAUUAACUUGUUAAUGACUCGCGAUAGUUCGAAUAGAGAAUUUUGUGCUUAUUGCAAUACAUAUGGUCAUAAUUCUUCUGUUUGUAUGAAUGCAGAGCCAUCGCAACCAUCUUAUGAAGAGGCAAAUUACAUGGGAUGUAAUAUGGGGAGGCAACCACCAAGAAAUGAUCCAUUUUCCCAUACAUAUAAUCCAGGUUGGCGAAAUCACCCUAACUUCUCAUGGAGAGAACAAGGUAAUGCAAGGCCGAUGGGACCACCUGGAUUUCAGCAACAAGGACCAUCAGGAUUUCAGCAACAGCAAUACAGACCCUUCCAGCAACCACCUGCACCACAACAACCUCAACUUCCUGCUCAGGAAAAGAAGCCUCAACUGGAGGAGAUGUUCAUGCAAUACAUGUCUAGCCAAGAUACCAUGAUGAAGAAGCUAGAUGCAAAGAUUGAUAAGGUUGCUCAGUCCAGCCAAGCAUCCAUUCAUAAUUUAGAGGUGCAAGUAGGUCAGUUGGCUAAAUUGGUUGCAGAAAAAGAUCGAGGUAAGUUUCUUAGUGCCACUGAAAUAAACCCUAGGGAUGGAGCUAUGGCAGUCACUUUGAAAAGUGGUAAGAUGUUGAAUGGAGAUUUGAAGGAAAAAGAACCAUUGAGGAAUGAAAAAGAGAGUGAUAAAGAAGGAGAGCAAUUGCCUAAAGAGAGUUCUAGUGAUCAAAACCUCAAUUCCUCUACAGUAAAACCUUAUGUACCCCCCAUUCCAUAUCCACAAAGGCUACAAAAGAGGAACCAGGACAAUAACUUCAAAAGAUUUUUGGAGGUUUUUAAAAAAUUGCAGAUUAAUAUUCCUUUUGCAGAAGCACUUGCCAAUAUGCCAUCUUAUGCCAAGUAUAUUAAGGAAAUUGUGUCUAAUAAAAAGAAACUGGAAGAGUUUGCUACUGUGCGUCUGUAA